AUCGCUCUGAUAAACUCUGUGUACUUUCGGUGACGUCCAAUCGACCUGUUCUGGUGUGUUGGGCUAAUGAGCGUCGGCAAGCCAUCGAAUGCUAGCGGAUCGUACUCCAGCGUCAGUAGGCCACGGGACCGACAACAGUCCGUGCACACGACAAUGUUAGCCGUGGACGACGCAAUGGCACGAGAUAAAACGGGCUACAGUUUGAUAAAGUCGCGCUCGAAGCCGCUAGUUUUCGUACAAUCGCUGGUGUCGAACCGGUUCAUACGAAAGUACGGUGUGGCUAGUCUGGUGCUACUCAUCAUCCUCGGUGUGCUCUACCACCGGCGCGUAGUGUUUCAACAGUACAUCUACCAGACGCUUCCCCUGUACCAGCGGUCGGUUUCGUUUGUGUUCGGCGCCAAUGGAACCGCCGGGGCCGAAUUUGCGCCCCACACCGCCGAUCGCUGGCUGCCGAUUGGUGAUCCGGAGCGAAAGUUUAAAAUCUACUCCGCAUACUUUGAUCCUCGGCUAGAGGUGGUCGAAUCGUACCUCGUUCCGGAUGGGUAUCUGCCGUUUGGCAGUGUGCGCGUGUUUGCCAUUCUGCCGCUCGAAAUCCGCAAGUCGGAUGUAUUCUGCAACUUCAGAUCCGAUAACACGUAUCAGGCCCAGCAUCGGGCCGAUCAAGUGGUGCCCGUCCACGAACACUGGGACAUGGAGUACGCCGCGAGCUACGUGAUUUGCAAGCUGGCCGGAAGUGUGAGCAAACGGGAGGCGCGCCUACCGGAUGAGGUGGCCAUAAGCUAUCUGCCGGAGCCGAGCAUGCGCGAAGCGACCGCCUUCGUUCGGAUACAGUACUCCCGGCCGGAUAUGCUCUUCCGAUCGUCGGCGCCCCAAUCGCUGGCCGUUUGCGUUGGACCUUUGCACCACAACUUUGGGGACGCACUGCGCAUGGUGGAGUUCUUCGAAUACUAUCGUCUGAACGGCGCGGAACGGUUCUACGUUUACAACAAAUCGGCUACUCCCGAGGCGAACGCCGUGCUCGAGCACUAUCAAGCCGCGGGCCUAGUGGAAGUGUUGGAUUGGCACUUUGAUGGGUACCAGUUUGAGCAGGAUCUACGGUACGAGGCCAUCUUCGUGGCGCUGAACGAAUGCUUCUUCCGUGCCACGGUCACCGGUGGCUUCCGCUAUACCGCCAUCGUCGACUUUGACGAGCUGCUGUUUCCGGCGGGCAAUGGCACCGAUAACGAAACGCUGCUCGAGUACCUGCAGUCGAAGGACCGAUACGAUGUGCACUCGUUCAACUUUCAAUGUGUAUUUUUCUACGACAUUUACCGGCCCGAUUACGCGACCGUACCGCGCUGGGCAAACAACAGUUACCUUUACACACAGGUCCGCACCGUGCGGACCAAAAACCCACUGCUGCACCACAACCGCAGCAAGUACGUGAUGAAGGGACGCAAUGUGCUCGAGGCCGGCAAUCACUUCGUCUGGCACGCAGUCCGAGAUACCCACGAGUACCAGGUGCCGGAAAGCGAAGGUCUGCUGCUGCACUACCGUGACGGCAACCUGGGCUACGACUACGAGGUACACGUCAUCGAUGAUCGCGUCCGGAGGCGCUUCGGUCAGCAGCUUUGGCGUACGGUCAACGAGCGCUGUGGGCUCAUAUUCCCCGGCCCGGACGGCGCCGGUGUUUGCCCGCUGGGUGAAGACUACAAUAAAUCGUCUCGCACCGUUUAG